UGUUCAUAUAUUCCAAGCGAGUAUCGACUUUUAUCGUCAGCAUUUCAUGCCGAAGUAUUGUCGCAGCUAUAGGCAAAUUUUACUUUUCCAGUCCAAUCAAAGAUUUAGGCCAAUUAGACGUUUGAUCAGUGAAAGCAAAUCAUGUCAGCAGUGCAAUUUUGCGCUUCUUCCAAUUUUCUGCAGCCACAGUUUCUGCUCAAGGUUUCCGAGUCGGUCAUCGGAAUGGUGAUCUUGGGCCUGUUCCGUGGCGCCCUUUUCCAGCCUGGAGAUCCCGUGGUAGGCGACGUGGAUUUCGCUGCCUGGUUCGGCGCCACAACCGUCGGCGUCGGUGUCGUCACACUGUCGCUAGUUGUGGCCUAUUUCGUGGGCCACACGCCCGGCAAACAAGAGCGGAAU